UGGGGGCUUAAACACUAUAUGUAUAGGGAAUGCAACAUCGACCCACGUGAUCAAACACGCAACGGACGUUUCUGAACGAAGUGUCAUGUUGAUUGUCACAGUCAAAAUCGAAAUGUGUCUGUCAGUUGAGAUAAUUUCAUUUUUAAUCAUUCAUCUGUGAUUCAAGUUCGCAACGUGUGUUUUAUUGUUAAUAAAAGUAUUUGAUGAAUUCUGUUAUUUUUUGUGAAAAGCAGUAUAACGAAGAUUAAAUAAUGUCUUCCUCUUUUUUUCUAAAAGGUAAAUCAAGGCAAAUACAUAAGAGAAAAGGUGAGAAAAUAAAAAAAAUUAAACCGAAGAAACAGAAUGGUCCUAACCUAGAAAAUGGGCACGAUUCUUCUGAAAGUGAUUUGGAUAUCAAAAAGUUUUCCGAUGCUGAAGAAGUCGAGAGUGAUCAUGAAACUGCAGAGCAGAAAAAGUUGCGUCUAGCAAAGAAAUAUUUGGAAGAAAUCGAAAGGGAAGAAGCAAAGAGAGCCGAACUCAAAGAAAUCGACGACGCCGUUGAGAAGAGAUUGCAGAAAGACUAUUUGGAGCAAAAGGGCAAAUUAAAAGUUGAAGUAGCUGACAAUUACAGCACGCCGUCUGCAAAUGAUUUGCGGCUGAUACGCGCAAAGGAACACCGGCUAACUCUCACCUGUGUUUGUGUCAGUUUUGAUGGGCAGUAUGUUUUUACUGGCAGCAAGUGUGGUACAAUUAUCAAGUGGAGCAUCAAAGAAAAACGGAAAUUAGGUAGCUUGACUUACAAAACCCAUUCACAAUUUCUAAAGGGAGGAAUUAGUUCUUUAGCAUUGUCAACAGACAAUAAAUUUUUAGCAUCCUCUGAUCAAUCUUCUGAAAUUCAAAUUUGGGAGCCAAACACAUUAAAACAUUUGCAUACCUUUAGAGGUCAUAAAGACACAGUGAAUGGAAUUAUAUUUAGGAAAAAUACACAUGAAUUGUAUUCAGCGAGCAAAGACAGGUCUGUUAAAAUUUGGUCUUUGGAUGAAAUGGCAUAUGUGGAAACUUUGUUUGGACACCAGUCUGCAGUCAUGUCUAUUGAUGCUUUGACAAGAGAGCGAGCAAUCACAGCUGGUGGCAGAGACUCUUCAGUGCGCAUAUGGAAAAUAGUUGAAGAAUCACAAUUGAUUUUCAAUGGGCCUGUGGGAAGUCUUGAUGAAGUGAAAUUGUUGGAUGAGGAACAUUUUGUCUCGGGUAGCGAUAAUGGUUCACUUUGUCUUUGGGGUGUUAUGAAGAAGAAGCCGUUAUGUGUGGUCCCUGAAGCGCACGGGAAAGAAAACGAAGUGCCCCGAUGGAUCACUAGUCUUGCAACUUUGUUAAAUUCUGAUAUUUUUGCAUCAGGUUCCUAUGACAAUUGCAUUAGAUUAUGGAAAGUGAGUGAUAUGUAUAGGAAAGUUGUACCAUUAUUUAGUAUAGAAGUGAAUGGUUUUGUGAAUGCUAUGCAGUUCACUAGUGAUGGAAAGCAACUGUAUGCUGCCGUUGGACAGGAACAUAAGUCUGGUAGAUGGUUUAAGUUAGGGAGUGCAAAAAAUGGACUAUUAGUUGUUAAUUUUAAUGUUAAAUCAUAGUAUAAGUAUUAAUAUAUAUUUUAUAAAAACA